ACAUGUGCACAUCCUCCUCAGUCAGGCCUGUAUCUCUGCUCUCUGACCCUAAACACAGCAUGAAUGACACUGCACUCAUCCACAGCUUCACGUCAUAGUGUCUGUAACAGCCAAUCACGUGUCAGCAUCUCUGCGCUGCUCCUGCACGGACAGCUGCUCUGUCCAAUCAGAGCCCGCCUUUCCUCCGCGCGCAGCCAAUCAGCGAAGAGCACUGAUUACUAAUUCAUUACAUCGCAAAGGGGAGUGACGCAGUUAUUGUAGAUUCACAGAUACUCCAUGUCUUUUUUCCCAAUGACCUGAAAUAACGUUUAUUUUCAACAAAGCUGUGUCACGGGCGCAGGAAAGACGAGGAAACACGAGGAAACACGAGGAAACACGAGGCGCUCUCUCCCGCGGUUCACUGGAGGCUGUAUGUCGUAGCUCUGCGCCCCUUGGACUUGGAUGCCAUUCCGGUUGGAGGUUGCGGUACAGCCCGAGGACUAGAUGCGAUAACCAGGACGAGAUAUGCCGCAGCCCAAGUCACGGAAAAUCGCCAUCCUCGGGUACAGAUCCGUAGGAAAGUCGUCUUUGACAAUUCAGUUUGUGGAAGGCCAGUUUGUCGACUCCUAUGAUCCAACAAUAGAAAACACUUUUACCAAAAUGAUCACAAUAAAUGGACAAGAGUACCAUCUUCAGCUGGUGGACACAGCAGGACAGGAUGAGUACUCUAUCUUCCCACAGACUUACUCCAUAGAUAUCAAUGGUUACAUUCUGGUUUAUUCAGUCACAUCUAAUAAAAGCUUUGAAGUUGUACAAGUUAUCCAUGAAAAACUGUUGGACAUGGUGGGGAAAGUUCAAGUACCAAUUAUGCUCGUCGGGAACAAGAAUGACCUACAUAUGGAGCGUGUAAUCAGUUGUGAGGAGGGUAAAGCAUUGGCCGAUUCCUGGAACGCUGCCUUCAUGGAGUCCUCGGCUAAAGAGAACCAGACGGCGGUGGAAGUUUUCCGGAGGAUGAUCCUGGAGGCAGAGAAGAUGGAUGGCGGUGUGCAGCCGGGAAAGACAUCCUGCUCCAUGAUGUAGAGCCGCCCAAUCAACACACACAGGACACUGCACUGGGAUAUCCCGUUACUUGAAGGCUAGCUGCCAGUUUUCUUCCACCUCAGCUGACUCCACCCCCCACCCCCUCCCAUCCCCAAGAGUCCUAAAUAUCCAAUAUUGUCUAUUUAUGGCUCUGAAUCCACUGUUAUUUAUCAGUAUUUCCUAUUCUUGGUUUUCUUCAUGUGUUUGAAAAAAAGAGUGGUGGCUCCUUCAUCUUAUAUUCCCACCUCCUCCUCCUCCUCCCUGUGUGUGUGUGUGUGUAUCAGAAAAACAACCGCGACUCUUAGCCUCUCAUUAUGCAGCUCCCAUGUAGGCUACGAACCCCCAUCAAUUCAAAGUAACACAAGUUAGGAGACGUACGGGGAUGAAGGUUUAGUUGAACACGGACUUUUGUUCUGAAACAUCGUCAGUAAACAGCUCUUUUUCUACUUCCUCUCCACGCAGUGUCCACCUCUCUGUCCCUCAGUUUGUUUUGCAUAGCAGUCACUGUCAG